UUCUCCACCAACUCCCGAGGGAAACAUCUGGCUCUUUAGCUGCUAAAUGCUCCACUAUGUUCACCAGCUACUCACUAACUGUGUCUGUCUGCUGUUUGGUGCUGUGCAGGUAGUAUACAAUAGGGUUUUAGAGAUUUUCCCCUGAAAACAGCUGGCUGCUGCGGCCAAAAACAACGGCAUAGGGCAGUUAGGUGAAACCGGAACUUCUGGGUUCUGUCCAGAAAUAAGAAAACCACAUUCAAAAUCCCACUGACACUUGUAACAAUGCUAACAACUGAAAAUACAACCUUGGGGAAAAAAACCUUACUCAACAGUAUGUCGUGUGGCUCAAUUUCUUUAGAUAAGGACGGUAGUUUUUUUAAAAAACAAUCUAAUAUCGUCGCUUAACUCCUGUAGUGGAUGCUGACUUUUCUUAGACUAUGGAAAGUAAACUCCAGGAACAAGCUUAACUUUUUCUGAAAGACAGAUGAAAGAAGUGCUGAAUGAGAGUUACAGAAGCUAGUGGAGCAGAGAUGUGAGGUCAUGACUCCGGCUUUCUAUGAGAGCGGUGAGAGUGAACCAAAACAGUGAAGCUGUGGGCCGGACAGCUAAACAAUGAGCUGAAACUCACUAUAAAGCUCCGUAAAGUCGAGCGGAGCUGCAGAUUCAGGUGAGAAUUUCUCUGUAGGUUCAUCACUGUGAGCGACUCCUUUCACAUUGUCACAUUGUUUUCACGUCAUCAUUUGAUACAUUGUUAUUAUACAAAUAUUGACUAUAGCUGCUUUAAUGUCAACACUUUAAUCCUGUUUUUCUUAUUUCAGUACUUUCUCCUACAACAUGUAUUCAUAGAGGUUGUUGUCAGAUAGAGACAUAGGGAGUUGCCUCUAAAGAAAGAAAACAAAGUCCUGCAGCACAGGUUGAACAUACUGAAAGUCAUGACACAAUACGUGUUUCCUCAGCCUGCAGGGACACAGACUGUGUUUUAGUUAACGGCUGCUUUAACUCAAUAAGCCACAUUGUGUCUGGGCAAGUAUCUUUGAAACCAUAGCAAGAUCUAGGAAUGUCCUACACACACACACACACACUCGUCACAACAUUUAUGAGACGUUUUCUGUGCCGUGCCAUGAUGGUGGAUGAUGAUGUGGGUGGAACUGCUGUGAUUUAGUGCUACUGUAAAACAAACAAUAGAAACCACACACACACACACACACACACACACACACACACAGUAGGUCACAUCAGGUUUGACAGCAGACAGCAGAGGUUCAGCUGGUGAACAGACACUGACACCUGUUAUGAAGAUGCUGCUAAGCCUCGUGCUCCUCUCCCUCCUCGCCUCACCAGUGCUGUCAUUGGAGUGCUACGUGUGCAGUUCUUCUGCCACCAAUGAAGAAUGUAACAGAAACACUCAGGAGUGUCAGGCACCGCUGGACACGUGCAUGACUGCCGUCGACACUUUAGGUGCUGUGAAAGCCAUAGUGAAGCAGUGUGCCAGCCGGGCCACAUGUACAGGAGCUGCCUCAUCUGCCUCAGUCGACACAAACGGAAACGGAAACACCGUCAACUGCUGCAACAGUUAUAAUUUGUGCAACUUCAGUGGAGCCGAGUCCAUUCACAUACACACAACACUGCUGCUUUUGACUGUGGGUGUAUUAUUACUGCUGUCACAUUGAGGCCGGUGGGAUAAACUAACGCUGCCAAAAGCUAUGUAGCUACAAGCUAAGUUACACUGCUGCUCUUAAUGGAAAAGUGUUGGGAUGAAUGGCUCUAAAUCUAUCUCAAUAGACUGUAAUAUUAUGUAAUGCAAUGCAUCAUGUAAAGACUGUUUAGCUUUGUAAUCUGUGGGAGAUUAUGCUUUAUAUGUGGUUGUUGUAUGUGAAUGCUAAUUUUUAUGUUAAAUUAAGGCUUUGACUCUCAUUGAAUACAGGUUUUUCAGCACUAAUCUUCCUUUGACAUCUCAGGAACUUGCUGUACUGUGCCUGAUUAUUCUUUUCUUUCGGGGGGAGGGGGGGAUAACAUGCACCAAAGGGCCAUGGGUGUAAAGUACAUGGGGUGUGCACUCUACCAGACGAGGAGCUACCAGGGCGCCCCAUGCUUGAUUAUUCUAAUGGAUUGUCCAAACUACAGCCUAAAACCACUUUGUUUAAAUGUAUCAUAAUAUACAUUAUAUAAAUAUAUACAGCAGCAAUGCCUAUACACAGCUUUACAUUUGUCAAUGUGCUAAAUUUCGUGGGAAGGCUCCAGUCGUCUCCCUCUUAAUUCCUACACCUGCUGGCACAUUAAGGCUAAUUUUUAACUUAAACACUUCAAAUAAUUUAUGUUCCAGGCACAACAUUGACACUUUGAAACCAGGAAAACUUAAAUUCUGAAACAAGGACAGUUUUCGGUUUUACAGUGGACUCAAAUCUGUGUAACUCUUUUGAAGUUAACAGUUUAAAGAUAAUAAUUUAGCUCACAGAUGAAAGUAAUUGGCAGGAGGAGUAACUCCCUGCAGAACUUUAAUAAGGUCAUUUUGAGUUGUUGAUGUUUUAAAUAAAGAAAUGUAACUCCAUAUACUGGAGAUAUCAAAUCUGAAAUGUAGUGCUUUCAAAUACAUCAUGGAUAAAAAUGUGGACAGUCUGA